AAUCGAUAGAAAUGGCCAAAAAUCCACCGAAGAAAGCAGCAAGCAAGACUAAGAAGAAAGAGGAAAGCAAAGCUAAGACCAAGACUGUAGCCAAACCAAAAGCGAAGAACACCAAAGCUGCUGGAAAGACUUUAAGAGAUACAAAAAAAGCAAAACCCACUAAGCAGUCCGCUUCCUCAAUAUCUUCUUCCCAAGGAAAGAGAGGAAGUAAGGCAAAUUCAAAGACGUCCAAAGCAGGCUCAAAAAGACCAAAAUCAAAAUCUGCCAAAACUAAGGAAUCCGCCAAACAGUCCAGAGACGACUCUGAAGAGUCAGAACUUGAGGAAGUAAAACUCCCUGGUCAAAAAUACACGACACCCCCUAUGGAGGAUGGUACAAGGAUCUUCUACGAGACUCUCUACGCCCAGAAGCCUACCUCCAAAAUGGCUCUCAAGUACUGCAUCGAGAACGGCCUGUUACCGUAUGAGGUUCAGAAAAAGUAUGCUAACAAGGUUUAA